AAAAGUAUUUACUAAAGUUCUGUAAGUAUUCAAAUUAUACACAAAAAAAGAGCGAAAUACGUCAUUUUCUUUUUUCAAAUUAAGUUGUGCGCGCUCAGGUUUUAACCAAUCAGCGGGCGCAGAUUUCUACCUGUGGAGGCCGGCAGCAAUGGCGAUGGUGGCCAAGUCCGAACCCCGAGGUAUAUAACCCGGCGCGGGGCUCGCACCGGUAUUAUGUCUGCACCAUUCCACACGUAACCGUCGUGUCGGCAAGAGCGGCUCUAAAACCGGUUCGCGCUUGACUGCUUUGACAAGAGAAACAGAAAAUCUUCGAGAAUCAAGUAACUUUAUCAUCAACUCGGCAUAAAUAUUAUCAAGUUCAUCUUUACGAAGAACUCUCGAACCGAACCUUAAACAGGUUUAGCCGAAUUUCUCAAAGCACCGAGAGUUGUUAAAAACUAGAAACCAUGCCUAGCUUUGACGAGAGCAGCCGGGCUAGCAGCCAGAGUGACGAGGAGACCAGGACUACGGUGAAGGAGAACAAGCCCCGAAGCCCCGCUAGGAUGUGGGUCGGUCCCCCUAUCCCGAGCAAGUCGCCGGUUCUAAAGUUCGCUUUCAAGAGUGGCAAUCGCGUGGAUGUAACAAUGAUGUGGGAAUCUGCAAUGGGAAUGGGAAUGCAAAAGGGAACUUUCUGGUACGAAAUUGACAUGUGCAUUGAGGGACAAUACCGCAACAUUAGAAAGGUGGACGUUAACUAUACAACUUUAAAAAGACUCAAGAGAGGGGAGCUUUUAAAGUUUAGGUAUAGAGUGUCCACCCAAACCCACUACGGUGUUCCGAGCCCGAUGUGCACCUGCAUCAUUGAUUACCCAGUCAUAGAACCGACCCCUCUCGACUUGCAAGUCCAACCAAUGAUCGAGUUCGCUCGAAAUUACUCCGCCGAAGCCGACAUAGUAGGGACCGGCGCAUUCGGCAACGUCAUCCGAGUGACGGACGAGCACGGCAAACACUACGCAGCCAAAAUCAUGAAAACAUCGAGCCGAAAGAAGCGAGACGCUGCUCAACGGGAAUUCGACAUCAUGAGAUAUGUGAACCACAAAAGUCUUGUAGAAUUAAUAGCUGCAUAUGCCGAGCCCAAGAAAUUUAUCAUCGUAACCGAGCUAUAUGUCGGUGGUGAACUUUUUGAGCGUGUCGCCUCAGCAGACUACAUAACCGAGGCAGCAUGCAUAGAGUAUGUACGGCAGAUUUGCGAGGGAGUCACCUUCUUACACUACAGGCGCAUCGCCCAUCUAGACCUGAAAGCUGAAAACAUCAUGUGCGUCAGUGCUGACGGCAAAUAUAUUAAGAUCAUAGACUUCGGCCUAGCCCACCGAUAUAGCUCGGACACAGAGACAUACAGGACCAUGUAUGGCACCAGGGAUUAUGCGGCGCCAGAAAUUGUGAAUUAUGACAAGGUGACAUAUGCAACUGAUAUGUGGUCUAUUGGCGUGAUCACUUAUAUACUGCUGUCCGGUCUCCUCCCCUUCUACGACGACCAGUGGACCGUCCAAUCAGCUAUGAUCACCUCCGGAGAGUACAGAUAUGACGAGGAUGUCUUCGAGACCAUCAGCGCCAGAGCCAAGAACUUCAUCGACAACCUUCUGGUAGUGAAACAGGGGUACAGGAUGAAGGCCAUCGAGAGCCUGUCUCACCGGUGGCUGGCUGAGGACCCCGGCAACCGUGAGCAGCCCCUGGACAGGGCUCAGGAGAAUCUGAGGAAGUAUCUCAUGAUACGGAAGUGGCGGAAAGCUGGCAACGUGAUGAUUGCUGCGAGGCGAUUCCGAUCGAACGUGGAGCGCCGCCGCAGCUCGGGACACAGCACCUCGUCCGACACUGACUUCCACGCCACUCCUGAACCACCUGUCUCGAAGGCAUCUGUAGGAUUUGAGAAAAACGUAGAAAUUGUCAGAAAUUUCCCCGGUGGUCACAUUUUGGAAGAUGUCAGUGUUGCCAAUCUCAAAGAGUAUGGAAUACAUGGAUGCACGUCUAAAAUGGUUAAACUAGGUGAUGUUGUUCUAGUACAACAGAGGCCGGGCAUUCAGUGUGAUGACUCGUCAGAUACUGAUGAAGGUAGCGAUUUCGAAAGCGAAUCCGUUACAAUUGUAGACGGAAUUCGCAUUGAAGACCAUCGCGAAAUUAAGUUACAACGAAUUGAACCACAUGCUUUAAGGAAACUAGCAGAACAAAGUAAUAUUCCCCCCGAUAUUUCCGCUGCUGCAGAUCAUAAACCACCAGAAAGAAAAAGUUCUAUGCUACAUAAAUUACAUAAUAUGCCAACGAUAUCUGUGAGCCAUAUUGAUGAUGACUUAGACAAAAUCGAAGAGUAUGUAGAAGAAGAUAUUCGUGUUCGUGAUACCUAUGAACAACACAAACCAAGGUAUAGACCUCCACCAUCAACUUCAGGGAUGCGAGUUGUUGAUAGCGCUAUCCAAGAACAAGAUAGUAACGGUGAAGACACAAAACACAAGGCUAUAAUUGACAACUCCAAACUAGUCUCCAUUAGCGAGCGCCACUGGCAGUUGGCCGCAGCGAUGGUACAUUCAUUUGAAGACGACAGCAGUGACGAGUCAGCUGCAGACAACAAAGCGGACGAAUCGUGGAUCCCUCUCCCUUCAACAUCUGGAAGAAUUCCUAUUCCAUUUGAGGACAAAUAUACUGCUCCACUGCCGGCCAAGCAAAGAGAACCAUCAACAUUUAUGGCGAAACCCCCACCGUCAACAUUAGGUGGAAAAGUGGUUGAUACUGCAAUUAUUGAGAAUGAAAGCAAUGGUGAGGAAACUGAAGUAAUUAUUGAUAACAGCAGGCUUCUCUCUUAUUACGAUGUUGAACCUUGGAAAAGUGAAACGUGUCCAGAUAAAGAUGACUCUGAAGAAUCAAAUGGCAGUGAUGGGAGCAAAGAACAGUAGUUAGGGAAGAAGAUAUAAAAAAGAUUUAAGUAGUCAAUAUUUCCUUGUCUUUUAGGAUUAAUGUUGUAAGAUUUAUUUCUGUUAAAUUAAAUUACCUAUAUCAUUUGAAUUAUAAUUUUUUGUUUAAAUAAACUAGGUAACCAAAAAUUUUAAGUACUGAAAUAAAUAUAACAGUUAUUUAAAAAUAAUAUUCAAAUUACAUACGUAAGGUGGUAUAAAAGUAUUACCAUACAAUUUAUCGUUGAGGUAGAUCAUUACAGUUUAGAGAGGCUAUAAUGUACUUAGUUUUUAGUAGUUCUGAUUAAGUACAUCAGUUGAAUUGUUCAUAUUAAUUGUUGUAAUUUAUUCUAGGUGUUUUAGGGGCCUACUAUUAAUCUAAUUAUGAGCCAGUUCUCAAAGUGUUUCUCUCAUAAAUAAAAGCUAGAUAGAGAUAAGUAAAGUUAUAAAUGAUUCAUAGUUAUUGUUAGUUGCUGUAGUUAUUGUUAAUUUAUAAAGAUUUUUAAAUUGUAAGAUGAGCAAGUACUAUAAUAGCAUCUUGUGGUAGCUUUACUUUAUAACUUUGUUAUUAUAAACUAUUUAAGAACGUCAGGGACAAGUGCUACAUAAUUUUAUUAUGUUAUAGGUAAUUAUAAUUGUUAUAAUCAUAAGUAGAUAACGGGCAUGUACCUAUAAUCAUAUUAAUACAGAUUAAAAUGUGUUACUAUAAUU